AUGAUGAUGACGGCGGACGACCGCCAGUUCCAAUGGUUCUCGCAGUCCCGGGGCGUCUUUUACCUCUCCCCGCCCGCCAGGACGCUUGUCCCAGUCGACGAUAAGUUGCCGUCACCGCUGCCCAGCUUGCUCAAAACCUGUAUCCGGAAGAUGUGCAUAACCAAGGAUCUCGAGGGCGAAGAGGAGAGCCUGAUUGGGGAUGACGACGGCCUCCAACACGCCCACUUCUCCAGGUCGUCUUCACCCACUCAUGACUCCCACACCCCUCGCCAUCAGGCUCCGGAUCCGGCAGCGCUCCUGCCCGUCCAGCUCCAGAAGAUCCUCGCAGACCCGGGCGCAUACUUCUAUCGCUGCGACUUGUGCAUCUCCAGACUGGCCUUGAAGCCCGGAGCGCUUCCCCAGACCCGGCCCCAUCCAAGACACGCCUUCCAGUUCAGAGCCAUCGACCAACACGCCGGCCUUGUGCCCCUCAAUGAGUGA